AUGAACAUAACUCAAAGAUCAAGUAAGUAAGUUGUACACUCUAUAUAUUCGAUUACGUUAUAUAUAGAGGGCGAUUCUGCUUCAAGUCUACAUAACUUGAAUCAAAUUAAAAAAUUUAACACAAUUUAUUUUGGAUUAAAAAUGUAGAUUUCUUUUUUCCAUAUCAAAAUCCUAACACCCGACGCCUUGUUUAGAUUGCACUCAUAGGACUACCUUGAAUUCGUGAGGGGGGUUAAAGUCACGUUGGUUUAGGGUGUGAAGAGCUAGCAGACAAGAGAAUACAAAUUCCCUUAAGUUUUUUUUUUAAUUAAAAUUAAUUAUAUAGUUUGCCGUUAAGGAUUUUCAUUAAUUAAGAAAUUAAUUGUAUUUUGA